UUACAAACACAUCUUAUGGUUAGUGUGGUUGGUGGUGACCUUUUCUUUUCCAGCAUCGUUUCAGGAAUGCAGUAGAUAAAAAACCCAACUCAAUGUUAUGAAAAUGGCUCUGCAUAAAGUCUGGAUGAAUGGCAGGAGUGUGUUCAGGUGUCUUCAGGAAGUGAUCUCCCAAAGAUGUUUAGUUGCUGUAUCGUCAUUUCACACCACGCACGCUCAGUCAAACUCCAACAGAAGCUCAGUGGUGCGCUGUGGCAGGCAGAGAUAUGAGCGGUUGUACCCAGUCUUGUUGGUGCGUCCAGACGGGUCCACCAUCAACAUCAGAUACAGGGAGCCUAAAAGAAUAGUAAUGAUGCCUGUGGAUAUUACCACUCUCUCAGAGGAGGAGAGGAAGAUCAGGAUGCGUAAAAGGGGUCCUAAAAAGACAAUGGUUAAAGCAAAGAAGGAUGACUUUGAGGAUGACUUCAAAGUGGACGACUACAGCAAGUUCUGGAAGAAAACAUGAACCAAGGACCGAGGCUCACUUCAUUUGGCUUAUUUAUACUGUUUCACAUGUACAAAGCAUAUUUACACUGCUGUGAUUUUGGUGUCAUUAAAGGUUUCUGAAAUCUA